GUCACAGCAACGGCGCUAGAGGUGUUGGCGGCGGCGGGGCCGGAGCCGAAGCGCUGCUGGCCUCCGUAUCCCGGGGGCGGCCUCAGCCCGCGGCUGGGGGUCCCUCCGCCCGGUGCGGCCUCUCGCUCUGUUGCCGGCCUGUGAAGAAGAAUGUCAUUGUUUAAAGCUCGAGACUGGUGGUCCACUGUACUUGGGGAGAAGGAAGAAUUUGAUCAAGGCUGUCUGUGUGUUGCUGAUGUUGAUAAUAGUGGCCAAGAUAAAAUUAUUGUGGGCAGUUAUAUGGGAUAUCUCCGUAUCUUUAAUCCGCGUCCUGUGAAACCUGGAGAUGGAGUGCAAGCUGAGGACUUGCUCUUGGAAGUGCAGUUACGAGAACCAGUACUACAGGUGGAAGUGGGAAAAUUUGUUUCUGGUACUGAAGGACUUCAUCUGGCAGUGUUGCAUUGCCGAAGACUCUGUGUUUAUGCUGUUUCAGAAACUCUGGGGAAUGUGGACCAUGGUAACCAGUAUCAGAUCAAACUGAUGUAUGAGCACCAUCUUCAGCGAACUGCUUGUAAUAUGACUUAUGGACCAUUUGGUGGUGUAAAAGGUCGAGAUUUGAUAUGCAUACAGUCCAUGGAUGGGAUGCUAAUGUUAUUUGAACAGGAAAGUUAUGCUUUUGGCCGUUUUUUACCUGGUUUUCUCCUGCCUGGUCCCUUGACUUACAGCUCUCGGACAGAUUCCUUCAUUACAGUGUCUUCCUCUCGACAGGUUGAGAGUUACAAAUACCAAGUGCUGGCAUUUGCAACAGAUGCUGAUGGAAGACAAGAAACAGUACAACAAAAACUUAGUUCUGGAAAGAAACUUGUGGUGGAUUGGGUUCUCAACAUUGGAGAACAAGCACUAGAUAUAUGCAUUGUCUCCUUUAAUCAGGCAGUUUCUUCUGUUUUUGUACUUGGUGAGAGAAGUCUCUUCUGCCUAAAGGAUAAUGGACAAAUUCGCUUCAUGAAAAAGCUUGAUUACAGUCCAAGUUGCUUCAUUCCUUAUUGUUCAGUGAAAGAAGGAACGAUAAACACUCUAGUUGGAAACCAUAGUAAAAUGCUGUAUGUUUAUCAAGAUAUUACACUGAAAUGGGCCACUCAGCUUCCCCAUGUUCCUGUAUCAGUAAAAGUAGCCAAUUUACAAGGUCUGAAGGGUGUCAUAGUUACUCUGAGUGACAAUGGACAUCUGCAGUGUUCCUACCUUGGUACUGAUCCUUCACUCUUCCAGGCUCCUAGGGUUGAGUCUAAGGAAAUAAACUAUGAAGAAUUCAAUGCUGAAAUGAAGGAGCUUCAGAAAAUCAUCAAGGAAGCCACAAUAACACAAGAUAUUUUGCCCCAGUCUGAAAAGCACAGAGAUCUAAUUGUCACUGCAGAAGUUUCACCGGACUUGGAUGUGGAGUCUCAAGCCAUUGACAGUGAAGUAAAAGCAGAGGUAGUACCGUCAGUCACAAUAAAGGUAACAAUACAGAGCAAAAUGACUGCACAGCAACCAUACCUGGCAGUAUGCAUCCAAGCUCCAUUAGCAGUGACCUGUGACCGGUUCACCUUUAAUGAUUUAGAACCAGGAUCAUCUGAAACUGUGGUCCUGUCUGUCUUCUUGAAGGGAAAUUUUCCUCCAUCGGAACUAGAAGGAAAUUGUGUGUUUUCAUGUAAUACACCAACAGAGCUCAAUCCUGAAGGGAUACCAAAAGUUGCCCAGUGUAAAUUCAAGCUGCCUUUGCGAUUAGUUUGCUUUCCAGCACAACCUUCAAAAUCAGCAAACCACAAGCUAACCAUUGAUACCAAUAAACCUCCCAUCAGCUUUCUCACCAUUUUUCCAGACUUUGCUGAUCCAUCUGAGGAAGACCAGGCAAAUGUUCUGGGAUUUCAGUUCUUAACGGGUUCAAAAAUCACUCUUCUUGCUUCAAAAACAUCACAACGAUACAGGAUCCAGAGUGAUCAAUUAGAAGACCUUUGGCUAAUAACAAAGGAAUUAACACUUCGACUGGAAGAACAUUUCAAAAAGCAAAAUUGCAAAGACUUUGCAUGUACCUUUUCUGGUUCAGUUCCUCUGCAAGAAUACUUUGAACUAAUUGAUCGGCAUUUUGAGCUACGCUUGAAUGCUGAAAAAUUUCAGGAGCUGUUAUCUGAAAGGGCCAUACAAUUCAGAGCUAUUGAGCGACGAUUGCUGACACGAUUUAAAGAUAAAACUCCUGCUCCUCUUCAACAUCUGGACACCUUGCUAGAAGGAACGUUCAGAGAGGUAAUAGCUCUAGCAGAUGCAGCAGAAGAAAAUCAAGCCAACAUGUUCCAGGCAUUCACAAAGUUGAAAAGUGCCACCCAUCUUGUGAUUAUGCUGAUCAGCCUGUGGCAGAAACUCAACGCUGAUCAAGUUGCUAUUAUGGAAGCUACAUUUUUGCCAUUAGCAGAAGAUACACAAGAGCUGGGUUGGGAAGAAACAGUGGAUUCUGCCAUUUCUUUCUUGCUAAGAACAUGCUUGUCAAAGAGCUCUAAGGAACAAGCCCUGUCUCUUAGCAGCCAGUUAAGCAUGCCCAAAGAUACUAGCAGACUUAAGAAGAAUAUCAGCCUAUUCUGUGAUAGAUUGGCGAAAGGUGGUCGCCUUUCUUUAAGCACCGAAGCAGCCACUCAGCAAGCCACUGUUGUGCCAGGUUCUUAUGCAUAAGAUCUCAUAAACUAUGUGCACUUCGGAUCAUACACAAGACACUGAGUUAUUUUUGAACUGUUUCUGUGUUUAAGAAUGGAAGACUUGUUUAAGGAAGAUACAGCUGAUGCCCAGCUCUUACUGAAGAUAUGAUGCUUGAUGUUGGUAGGAAAGGAAGUGGAUGGAAGUCAGAACAGUAGGAACUCAUGUUAGGUGUGAGAUGCUAAAAUAUUUUUUUGCUGUGUCAAACACUGGAGCAGGCUGCCCAGAGAGACCACUGAAUCUUUAUUUUGGAGAUACUUGGAACUAAAUUUGAUGUCUCUGAGCAACUUAGUCUAACUGGACCUGUUCUGAUCAGAGGUUUGGACUAUGUGACCUCCAGAGGUCCCUUGCCACAAAUUAUUUCAUGAUUCUCACAAGUAGCCUUUGUGUGUUUCACUGUUGUGUUAGUUUUUAGCUAGGUGAGUUCCCAGACCUGAUACGUCACACAGCUUCAGAUUCACCCCUGUGUCAGCACAGGUGAGAUAAUGGGGACCCAAAAAUGGAUUGUUAAAGUGAGCUCUGUUUUACUGAACACUCACGUGUCUGGUUUAAAAUACUUAUAAAGCUGCAGGAUAUGGUUCAGUUAUAUCACCAGAUAGCUUUUAAAGGGAGAAAUACUUUUAUAAAAGAGAAUGACAGUAAAGAAACAGCUACACAGAUAUGCAGGCAAAGAACAAUAUUAUAUGAAUCACUAGAAAGCAACUCUAAACUUGCUUCUUUUGAUUGUGCAAAGUAAUCUCUAAAAUUCUGUCAUUUCAAGUCAUUCUGUCCAGUUACAGGCUUUGUUUAAUAUUUUAAUUCACAUUUUAAAUUGAGCUUUUGAUCCUGUAAUCUUCAGAUUGCUUUCUUGCAGCUACUUUGAAGAUGAGGUAUGGAUGUCUAAAUCAUUUUGUUUAAUCUGUGCAUUACAGACUUUGUUAAUUUACAGUAAACUUUGUUUAGCAUGUAGUAGUGUUGUAUAAAUAAAAGAAAGUCAUGAUUGGAAAAGGAAAUGGACUGGGAGUUACCCUUAUCAUGUAACUUCCGCUUGGUGCUUCACCAGGUUUCAGGGUAUCCUGUCACAGUUACACAAUCAUUUUCUAGAACAAGUAACCUUUUAUCCCUAUCAGGCUAAAAGGUGAUCCUUAAAACCUAGAGAAUUGAAUAAGAGAAUUAAGUAAGCAUAACACAUAAAAAUAGCUGAUCGUGAGAGUCUUUGUAUUUCAUUUGCUCGGUCACUCUAUUUAUCAUGUUGGAUAGUAGCAGCAACAUCAACUUUUUUAGAAGAUGAAGCAGAACAGUUAAUCCUCUGCCUUCCCAUGUAAAAAAAGCCACUUUGUUUCAGACAUGGUAUUUUAUUAUAAAAACAGACCUUACUUCUACUGAAAAGAGGAGGUUGGAUUUGAACACAGUUCUAAGUAUUUGUUAUCUUCUUCUGAACGUAAUUCACGUGAUGACAUUAAGCAAGUUGAGUCUGAAAUGUUCAGUGCCAUGGUUUUCCUGAGUUAUUGGGGAUUUUUAGGAAUGCAGUUUCAUGUAUCUUUAAAUACCAUGUGUUGGUAGAAAAGGCCCUUGGCAGUUUUUUAAACUCAGUUCUCUUUGAGGUGCUUCACACAAGGAGCCAAGGGUGCCUUUUUUGUUUCAGAAGUAUGAAACUUGUGUUAUGAUUGUCAUUACCAGUUUUAUUUCCUGUCUGCUGGUCUUAGACCUGCCAAAGUAAUGUUGUUUGCUUCAGACUUUUGCACAGAAGCAAAAUACUCAGAUUUUGUCACAAUAUAGUAAUGCGAGGCAUCCUCAUGAUAAUUUCAUCCUGAAAAUCAGUUCCAGAGAUUUAGGAUUCUAAAGGGUUAAGCUAACUUGCAAUAACACUUGAAUUCAUUUGGUCAGUAGUAAAUAUGGCAAAUAAAGUAUUAAAUACUAAUAGAAUUUAAGUAAAUCAUGCAUGUUUCUCAUUGCAAUAUUGGAGCAGAGAGAUUUUAUUAUCAUUUGAUUCAUUUUUAGCUGCUAGUACAACUAAUAAAAAUCAUAGAGUUGAUCAGUAAGUAAAAGUGAAGUAUCUACUAGUAUAUAGAAAUGUAAUGACACUGAGGUCUUGAAUGUUAUUGACAAAUCUGGGAUUUGAGUACUAUUUACAGUACACACAAAAAAAUGUGCUGUCUUUGAUAUAUCCAGCAGAAAAGUAAGCUUUUCCAGUGAAGAUUUCAUUUCAAGCUAGAAGAGGGGAAAUUUAGAUUGGAUAUAAGUUCUUUUUUCUAUGAUAAGGGUAGCGGAGCACUCCAACAGGUUGCCAGAGAGGUGGUGGAUGCCUCUGUCUCUGGAGACAUUCCAAGGCUGGAUGGGACUCUGAGCAACCUGUGCUAGCUGUAGGUGUCUGUUCAUUGCAGGGGAGUUGAACUGGAUGAUCUUUAAAGGUCCCUUGCAAAUAAAACAAUUAUAUCGUUCUGUGGUUUCUAUUGUGAAAGGAAACUUUUGCAUUAUAAAAAGAAGAAUGCUAUUUUUCUCUUUUCAAUGCCCUGAUUUUGUAGGCUUCUUCAGAAGCGCUCAAAGGAUCUAUAUGCUGUUUAGCUUGGCCUGAUAAAUGUUUGUAGGGUUUAUUUCAAGUAGUACUAAAGGAAGAUGCUUGUAUUCAUGUUUUUUUUUUUUUUUCAUUAAUGUGCUGCUUAUUUCUAAGUAGUAUCUGGAGAUGCAGAAUAACAGAGACUAGCUUAUUAUUCUCAAAAAAAUACUUUGAUUACUUAUAUUUAAUUUUUGCAACCUGAAUUUUUGUAUUUUAUUGCCUGACAUCUCUCUAGAUUUAGAAAGUUUUCUCACGAAAUACUUUUGGGAAUCAAAAUUGCCAGAACUAGAAUAUUCAGGUGUCCUGCAGUAUCACUGUUGUUUUUUUAAUUAAAUAUUUUUCAAUGAUAUUUUUGUUUCCAGAAUCAUUGCAGUUUUUAUUUUCCAUUGUGAACUAACAGUGUACUCUAUAAAACUGAUUGAGGAAGGCAAAUAGCAUACUUUGGUCACAGUGCAUGUCAUAUUCAUUUUGAAUUCUUAGUUAAAUAUUACUAUAUAAAUUGAUAAUGCCUAUUCAUUGAAAUUCUCAUGAUCAGAUAACUAGUAAUGGAUUAGAGAACUAGUCAUAGAUUAGAACAGAUAAUAGGAUAAUUAUGGAUUUAUCUAUUAGUAGUCUGUAUUCGUUUCAUCCCGUAUUCUUUGUAUCUUUGAUAUUAUGGGGUUGGGGAGAAAGACAGAAAAAAAUGUCCCACUUCACAAGCUCCAUCUCUGUGUUAGAAUAUGGUAAUUUAAGGUCAUUUGUAAAUGCAGUUUUUCACCUCGCUGUUCAUGUUCAGGGGCUGUUCAAAACCUUUACUUAUUCUGUAGUCAGAAACUAAAAGGACAUAGUUAAUUUCUGAUGAUUUUUUUUCUUGUUCCAAGAGCGUUUUUUAUUUCACCAUACACUAAGGAUUUCUGUCCUAAUUGCUCUGUUGGAAAAAUCAUUCCAUUUCAUUUUAAUCCUCUUAGCUAAGCAAGGUUGGUCCUCUGCUUUGUAUGUCUAUAAGUUCAGUUAUUCCUUUUUCUCUUAGUAACUUUCAACUGAAUUUUUUCAGGUUUAUUUAAUCUAUUAUGAGCACGGCAAGAAGAAUUGAACACAGAUGUCUCACCAGUGCCUUGUUCAAUAUGAUAACUACUUUCUUGAGUGUUAUUUGGAAUGUUCACAGGUGGAUCUCAGCAUUGCAUGGUUCAUUCAUUCAUUUCAUGGUUGUCACACUGGGACGGUUUUUUCUUUCUCUUAUCAUCCUUUGACUACUUCAGCGACUAUUGUAUCAUCUUUCAUUUCCAUGACAUCAUUAUUUUUGAUCAUAUCAAUUCUCCUCCUUAUAUUAAAGCACUUGUAAUUGGUAUUGCAAUCUGAUCCUUCUGGACUGUGGCUUAGUUUGAUGUUUUGUCUGUUAAGCUGUUUUUUAAUAUGUUUCCAAAUUGACCAAUUCUGCAAACUAGUCCACCACAUUGCUGCUGUGAAGUAUUACCUUACUACUUUAACUGCCGUUUUGAGCGCCUACAGUUGAUUCCCAAUUACUAUUCAGUCGUCUUUUGUCAUCCACAGUAUGUAUGAUAUUGCAUCUCUUAUCAGUAGUUUUUGUUUCUGUAUUCUUGUCCUUGUUUGUUCCUCCAAAGCAGUCACAGAAUACUCACCUUGAAAGUCUUGUGGGAUGGUUGUAUCACGGAACUCGUGGAAACAUUCCUAAGUUAUGAAAGAGCAAGCAAACUGUAAAGCCACAAACAUUUGCUGUUUUUUCAACUUCUGCCUCCAGGGAAUGAGGACACACAACUCUUUCUUCACUAGCAAGAUCAAAAUUUGUGUGUGCUUAUAUAUAUACAUGCAAAUGUGUAGUGUCUAUGUGUCUGCAUACAUCUUCACUUUGGAGAAUGUCAUGUGUGUUCUUCAGAAAUAUAGAAGUGUUUCAAAUGCGGAUAGGAUAAAUACAUUUGUCUAAACCUUUUAGACUUCUGAGUACCAGAAGGUUUGGUAUCAAGAUAGGAACAGUCAAUUCUAGUCUUUCUGCUUUCACUAUAUGCUGAAGAAAGGACAGAGACUACAUAAAGACAGUGCUGUGAACAUUUUUACAACAAACAUGCUCUGAACUUCCCAGCUGUUUCAGCAACUGUGUGAACAUUCACUUUCCAGAGUUUACUUGGAAUGUAUUGUCAGAUAGAAACCAGAACUGGCAGUAGAACUUAAUUAGAAUACACUAUGAGAAAAAGAAAAUAGGGGGAGUGUUUAUCUAAGGGAACAUAACCUAUUUAAUUUUUUUAUGUGAGUUAGUUUUAUAAAAGCUCUCAAUUUUAAAUAUCCAGUAGCCUCCUCACCACUGUACAUUACUGAAACAACAAAAUAAAUAAAACCUCUAUAGAACUGUCUCAAUGAAAAAAAAUUGUUUGAUAUAAAAUAAU